AAGGGGGGCUGCGGGGCGAGGCGAGCGGCCCCGACACGUCGCGCGGGGACGGAGACGGGGUGGCGGUGCCAGGCCGGGCGGAGGCGAGAACAAGAGCGAGAGCGAGAGCGCGGCUCCUGUCAUCAGCAUCAUCAUGGGUGAUCAAGCCUUGAGCUUCGUGAAGGAUUUCCUGGCCGGUGGCAUCGCCGCUGCCGUCUCCAAGACUGCGGUCGCCCCCAUCGAGAGGGUCAAGUUGCUGCUGCAGGUUCAGCAUGCCAGCAAACAGAUCAGUGCUGAGAAGCAGUACAAGGGCAUCAUUGAUUGCGUGGUGAGAAUCCCCAAGGAGCAGGGCUUUGUCUCCUUCUGGAGGGGCAACAUGGCCAAUGUGAUUCGCUACUUCCCCACCCAAGCUCUCAACUUCGCCUUCAAGGACAAGUACAAGCAGAUCUUCCUGGGGGGCGUGGACCGCCAUAAGCAGUUCUGGCGCUACUUUGCUGGUAACCUGGCAUCCGGUGGGGCAGCUGGGGCCACUUCCCUCUGCUUUGUCUACCCGCUGGACUUUGCCAGGACCCGGCUGGCUGCUGAUGUUGGCAAGGGUUCUUCCCAGCGCGAGUUCAGUGGUCUGGGCGACUGUCUCAGCAAGAUCUUCAAGUCUGAUGGCCUGAAGGGUCUCUACCAGGGCUUCAGUGUAUCUGUCCAGGGCAUCAUUAUCUACAGAGCUGCCUAUUUCGGAGUCUAUGAUACUGCCAAAGGGAUGUUGCCUGACCCCAAGAAUGUGCAUAUUAUUGUGAGCUGGAUGAUUGCCCAGAGUGUGACUGCCGUCGCAGGGCUGGUGUCCUACCCCUUUGACACGGUUCGUCGUAGGAUGAUGAUGCAGUCCGGACGGAAAGGAGCGGAUAUUAUGUACACUGGAACACUGGACUGCUGGAGGAAGAUUGCAAAGGAUGAAGGUGCCAAUGCUUUCUUCAAGGGAGCCUGGUCCAAUGUACUGAGAGGCAUGGGUGGUGCUUUUGUAUUGGUAUUGUAUGAUGAGAUUAAAAAAUAUGUCUAAUCUGUAAUUAAAACUCGUUUAUU